CACCACAGAGCACCACGAAAGCUCGCCAAUGGGUGCUUGGGGCGGAAAGCGUCCUUUCCUUUGAAAGGACUGACCACAUAGCGAAAGGUUGUGUGAUGGUCAUUCGAACGAUGGACAUCGUCGAGAACGGUCCACUUUCGCAACCUCUCCUAAUGAAACAGUUUCAAGUGUGUGAUUUUGUUCAAAGUUGUGUUUUUUGUGGUGUUUUGAACUGCUCUAAAUUUUAAAGUUUUAACCAUGGAAGAGAGUGUCAACGCAUGUCGGAUCAAGUUUUGAGCAUGGUGCAUGGUGGCUAGGAAAAAUCCAUCACACUAUUCCAUUAUUGGUUUUCCCUUCAUCUGCAUUAUUCAUUAGUGUAGUUCACCUUAAUUUAGGUCGUAGCCUCAUGUUUCUACGCCCGUGACUUUUCACCGUCAGGAAAACCACGCGUCUGAGGUCCUUUUUCUUGUUACCGUUAGUGGCGAACGUGAUGUUCGUUUGCCACCGAAUGUGUUAAGUGAGGAACAAUUAUAGUUCACUGUUUGGUAGUUUGAUUUGAAACUGGAUAAACAUAACUGAAGCAAUAGAAAAUUCUUCUCAAUAUAACGAUAAACGCUGUAACCAGAAUUAGUACAUACGGAGGCAUUUAAAAAAUCCUCCACAGAAACUGCCACUGUAAGAUGAAUAAUUCAAUCGUUUCGAAUGAAUCGACCGUGAUUCAACGGUAUUUAGUGUUAUCGAUCUGAAAAAGGCCGGCAUCUAACUUCAAGUUCGAUAAAAUCCCGUCACGUAAGAGCAUAGCGUAGUAGAGAAAAUGCCAACUUUUAUGACACGACAACAGGAAGAGCUUUUGGAAGAAAGUCCAGCGUUUGCAAUCGUGCCAGUCGACCAUUUCCGGGGAAUAGGAAAACCAAAUGCCAUUGUCCGUCCUUUACGACACAACAGAGAAGUUAUUGAAGGACAACACAUCAUCGACUUGCAUCCUGAUUACAAACUAAUCCAUGAAUUGGAAGCACAGAUCAUCCCCAAUUUUGGCAACAAGAAAAGUGAUAGAAAUAAUAAUAACACUAUCAGCACCAACACUGCCGUAACUAAAAGGACGGAUCGUGGGAAGCACAAUGAUUUCACCAAAGAAUUAGAUGCAAAAUUGAGACGACUGCAAAAUGAUUCCUCCAAGCAUUCAUCAAAAAAUGGAAGCUCGCAGGAGGUUAACGUCAAGAAAAAACCCCUUUUCAUCACAACCGUACCCAAGGGUGUGUUUCUUCAACCGACCAAAGAGUUACCCAGACUUAUUCCAUCGGCGGCGACUCUGCGCCGUAUUUACGCCUAUGAGAGCCGUCCAAGGAUUCUGACCGCGAAAAGCAUUAACAAUAAUAACAACGACAUCAAUCAUCCUAACCACAACAGUCAGCAGCACUUGUGCAAACAUGGACCUCAACAUAAUAAAACUGCUAUCGCCCCAGAUGAAUCGGAGGAACAGGACGUGGCAAAGGCCGCAUCCAAUGGCGUUCCAAAACACAACUGCAUAAACCGGACCAUGAG